AUGGACGAGAGAGGAGGGUGUCACUUGAAAAGGAAAGACCUUGAAAGACGGUCGGUGCCUGCUGACGUUCGAAUCAAGGUCGAUCUGCUGCUCGCUGGCAGUCGUCUUCUUCUAAUUGCAGAUACCGCAUCACAGCCAGAUGAAUGCUGUAACUUAUGGAAUUCGAAUGUAUUCAUGCCGCAAACACAAUUCCAUCAUAUUCAUACCGCGUUACCAUCACAGAUAAUCAGCGGUGAAUACCGUCCGAAGAAACGCGCUAGCAAUGGCUCAAUUCGUACACCAUCGUUACCGUCUUCGAGUGCUAUCAUAUCACAGAAUGUUUCCGAAGAACUGUGCCUUGUUUGUGGUGAUAAAGCAUCGGGAUAUCAUUACAAUGCUCUUACUUGUGAAGGCUGCAAAGGUUUCUUCCGGCGGUCAAUAACGCGUAAGGCUGUUUAUUACUGCAAAUAUGGUGAAGCAUGCGAUAUCGAUAUGUAUAUGCGACGGAAGUGUCAACAUUGUCGUUUGAAGAAAUGCAUGGACAUUGGAAUGCGUCCAGAACGUUGGUUUUAUUCUCUUUUCGUCUCGCUUCAUUUUCCGAGAAACGAUACUUUCAUAUGCAAAAUGCAAACUACAUGCGCACCGACACACAUCUUCUGCAUGUGUGCACGACCUUCAGGACUUCGAGUUGAUCCGCGAGUGCCUUUAGUUGUGAUACCCGAAGAGCAGUGUCGUAUCAAACGAGAAGCAAAACAGAAGAUGCGAUCGUCCACAGCAACCUCUUCAUUAACAACAGCGACGGCAGUUAAAUCGGACAGCAGUAAUGAUAACAACUCCGCAAUACAACAACAUCAACGCAAUGUAACAAGUCCAAAUCUAGUCACUUCAACUGAACAAUCUGAAUACGGUACUGCAUUAUCAUUGGAGACACGUGAGCUGAUUGCUAGAAUUGUCACCAUUGAUAGUCAGUUUGCAGUCCCAUCAAAUGAUUCUCUCAUUCAAUUAUCGGAAUAUAGUGAGACGAAGACUAGUUCCUUUCAACAUCUCGCCGAGUUAACGAUUCUGAGCGUACAACUGAUCCAUCAGUUCACUGCCCAUCUACCAGGAUUCUGUAAACUUGCCGAUGAUGAUAAACGAAUAUUGCAUAAAACUUGUAAAACGGAAGUGUUAAUGCUGCGUACAGCACGUAGUUACGAUGUGUGCGAGGAACGAGUGGUAUUAGGUAACGAGAGUCGUCAAUGGCGAUAUGAUCGAGAGCAGUACCGAGCCUUCAUUGGUCCGUUAGCUGAUUCAAUUUUCGAUUUCGCGCAUUCCUUGGCCAAACUUAACUUGGAUCAAGCCGAAUUCGUUCUACUCUCUGCCAUUGCUAUAUUCUCAGAUCGAACGGGUUUACAACAACCAAAAGCAGUGGAAGAUAUUCAAGAAGUCUACACAUCUGCACUUCAAUCCUAUAUCGACUUUCGACGUCCUAAACAACGGACAAUGUUUGCUCGUCUUCUGAUGAAACUUACCGAUCUGCGUAGUUUAGCUUCUGAGCAGACAGAAAUCUUCUCAGAACUUGGAACGACGCCUUCGAAUUCGGUCAAUUCGUCGUCAGUGACCGAACUGAAAUAUACACCAUCGUCACUGCCCGAGUUGAAAUACGUACCCUCUAAGCCUCCUUCACACUAUCCCACCUAUACACAGCUCUUAUAUCAUCCUUCUAAUUCAACCGAUCAUUUCACUAAUUAA